CGAGUCAGUGAGUGCCGUAUCCCGGGAGAGCAUGGAUAACAGCGGCAAGGAGCGCGAAGCCGUGCAACUCAUGGCUGAGGCCGAGAAGAGGGUGAAAUCCUCGCAGUCCUUCCUGAGGGGUCUGUUCGGUGGAAACACCAAGGUUGAAGAAGCUUGUGAAAUGUAUGCCAGAGCAGCAAAUAUGUUCAAGAUGGCUAAAAACUGGAGUGCUGCAGGAAAUGCGUUUUGCCAGGCUGCCAAACUCCAUAUGCAGCUGCAGAGCAAACAUGAUGCAGCCACCAGUUUCGUAGAUGCCGGAAAUGCAUACAAGAAAGCAGAUCCUCAAGAGGCCAUCAACUGCUUAAAUGCAGCCAUCGAUAUAUACACAGAUAUGGGGAGGUUUACCAUUGCUGCAAAGCAUCACAUUACCAUCGCAGAAAUAUAUGAAACUGAGCUGGUUGAUAUUGAGAAGGCAAUUGCACAUUAUGAACAGUCUGCAGAUUAUUACAAGGGAGAAGAAUCAAACAGUUCUGCUAACAAGUGUCUUCUGAAAGUGGCUGCCUAUGCGGCUCAGCUGGAGCAGUACCAGAAAGCAAUUGAAAUCUACGAACAGAUUGGUACAAGUACAAUGGAUAAUCCUUUACUGAAAUACAGCGCAAAAGAAUAUUUCUUCAAGGCCGCACUGUGCCAUUUCAUUGUGGAUGAAUUAAAUGCCAAGCUUGCUCUGGAGAAGUAUGAAGAAAUGUUUCCUGCGUUUACAGAUUCAAGAGAGUGCAAGCUAUUAAAGAAACUGCUAGAGGCGCAUGAAGAACAAAACAGUGAUGCAUACACCGAAGCUGUAAAGGAAUUUGAUUCGAUAUCGCGCUUGGAUCAGUGGCUCACUACUAUGUUGCUCCGCAUAAAGAAAUCCAUUCAGGGAGAUGGAGACGGGGACCUGAAAUAAAGGGGAGGUGCUGGAACGUAUGCAGUUCUACCAAGAUUCUUUUCUCAUUUUUUCCCCUUUCUUUUGUUUAAUUAUUUUGCAGACAUCUCUUCAGUGCCAAUAAAUAACGACAGUGUUUAGAGAUGUGAGAUUAUCAGUAGCUGAAGGGAUGUCCUUUUUAUUUUUAUUUUAUUGCUUUGUAUAUUUGUGUCAUAACAAGAAUUAACAUAGGGGCUAGAAUGUGCCAGAAGACUUCCAUACUCGGUAAGCAGUGCUCUCUUUCCUUAUAAAUAAAUAUAUAUAAAUAAUUACAGGCCUCAGUUUAGCAAGAGGAGACUACAGAUGCUGUCACAGUAGCGAUAACCCCACAGUGCAUCAGGGGCAGGGCAGGCUGGGAGAUCCCUCUCAUGGGUACAACCUGUACUGAGAAUCUGUUGCACUGUGGGUUCUGCUGAUAAUUAGUCUGUACUGCUCCUACUUUGCAUUCUUAUCUGAAUACCUGGAUGAUGUUGAUACAGAGUGCAGUGAGCCUUUAUUUGUUCCGCCUAAGCACUUGCUCAUAGAAUGCCAAUACCAUUGGUUGAGAUAUUCACCGGUAUUUUGCCAACAGUUAGGCGAAUUCAGAAGGCAACAAUACCUGUGUACAAUAUGCCUGGGUGAGAAUGGUAGUUACAAAAGGCAAAUAACAGUUGGGAUUUUAAUGGACAGUCAAUACAGUUAUUGGCAUUGUAAGAUAUAUUCCCCAUAUGUAAUAAAAUGCACUAUUUGCCAAGGUGCAGUAACACAGCAACCAAUAAGAUGUUUGCCCUUAAACAGGUGACCUAUUAAUGCUACUUGCUGAUUGGUUGCUAUACAUGAUUAGACCUGUAGCAAACUUUGCACCUUUUAUUGCAUAACCCCCCAUAAGCUCUGAUCACAGAUGUGUGUAUAUUAUUGUCAUAUCAUAAAGAGCCACUAGGGGAGCUACUGAGCACUCCAAGAUUGUGUGCUUCUUGCUUUAGUUGCCUAUGGUUCCUAUGUUCCCCUUUGAAAGGGCUCAUUUGCUAAUGGGGGGCAAGGUGCCAAAAAUAGGGGCAAAGUUCCCUCAGUGCACCUUGCUCUUUGAAUAUGUGCCUGCUGCUAUUAGUUGAAAAUGCAUACAGCAGUGAGUGGUGUGCAAGCGGUAAAGCUUUUACCCCCCCCCCAUGAAAGGGGCAGCCCAUGGCAUCCAUAUCCAUGGCCUUCACCAGUGUGCCAGGCUGCUAGGAGUGUCUGUGGGUGGAAGGUGCAUCUGGGCCCUGUACUUCCCAGCUGACUGGGUGUCGGGGGCCCUGUGUGUCUGUGUGUGUGUCUGUGUGUGUGUCUGUGUGUGUGUCUGUGUGUGUGUCUGUGUGUGUGUCUGUGUGUGUGUCUGUGUGUGUGUGUGUGUGUGUGUGUGUGUGUGUUGCUUGGGCCCGACUUUAAUAAAUGAUCCCUGUAGUGCAGAUAACAAUGGUUUUCAAGGUGUCUGUGCCUCCUGUGAUGCAUCUCAGUCCCCAUUCCUUUUGAAAGGAAAUCAAUCAAAUGAGAACAGGAAGUACAUUCCCCUAUGCAAGCAGAGUAAAGGAACUUCUUAAAAAAAUCAUUUUUGCCAACAGUUUUUUUCACAUUAUUUUCUUGCUUACAUACUACCUUUUUAUUUUUCUGAGUUUUCCUUUACCUCCCCCCCCCAGCCAAGCAGAAAGAGAUUUGUUUAACCUAAAAAUGACUUAAAAUAAGAUCUAAGUUUGUAUUUUCAUUUUAGCAGUUUAGAUAUGAUAGCCAAUGGCCUUUGCACAGGACUAGGGAUAUUCAUAUCAUCUCUGUGCAAUUAGCUACUAGUCUACUUUGUCUAGGUGUUCAUGUAACUGAGUACAUCUAUUGCAAAAUAUCACCAACAACCCAUCUCUCACUGUAUGGAAUAAUCUAUCCCCUAUUAUAAGAUAUAAGGAUAUUAUAACACACAGAGGGGUUCCAUUACCAUAUAAAGGCACAUGGUUGGAUACUCUACAGUUUGGUUAAUUCCCUAUGGGACCAAACUGUAAAUUACAUUUAUUAAACUUAUAUAAUGGGAAGGAGUGAUUAUAAUUACUCUUUGCUGAAAACUGCACCGGCCUGAGGUACUUUGUUAGAAGCUCCAUGUCAAUUUCUUCUUCAGGAUCUUCUCUGCGUUCCAGUCUGGGUGUGCUGCACAGUAGAGUAAAAAGCUGAACCUAGCAGCUAAAAGGCAGCUUUUCCUCCUGCUGUGUAUGCAUUCCUGGCACGGGGGGCUGCGGAGGAGAAAUAAUAUUGCAACAUGGUGCUCCUUCAGCAAACCAGCCCAGGGUCUUAGUUAAGCAAUUAUAACCACCUAACAUUUAGCCCCACCCCAGUGAUUAUACAUUUAGUUCCCCUAUUGGACAUAAUCAUAGAUAUAUUAACAAGCCCCCCAAAUCUAUAAGUUUGGCAUUUGUGCAAAAUAUGAAUCCAAAUAUGGUUCUGCCCAUAUUAAAUCUGCCCCAGAGAGCCCUGGGUAGCAACAGUCUGUGAUGCAUCUGAAUAUGGAAUAUAUUUAUACAGGGGGAACUAAAGUGACAUUAGGGAAUUGAGUAGCGUUUUUAUUUAUUUGCAAUUUCUAUGCUCACGGAAGGCAGAGGACGGGGCAUGCUGAACCCCAAUACUUCUUGAUUUUGUGAACAAUUACUUCUUUUCCUGUGGUUCUUUUUAUUAUGAAAAUGGUCUGAAAACAGUAUUUUUGCACUCCUGUGGAAAUAUGCAUACUAACUUCCUGUCAAUGUUACGUAGGCCCUAGUUUUUGUAGUCUCUGUGUCUGUGCUCUUUAGUAUUCUAUUAGAAAGUAGCCUAUGUCUGUGUAAUGGAUGGCAUGUGUGUCUCCAAUCUAUUGUAAAUGUGGUGCCGCAGAUUUUGAAUAUAUAAUAGACAAUCUGUCUUCCCUUUUAAUGUGUAUAAAUAGUACUCCUAUAUAUACAGUGAAGCUGAGCAGGAAACAUGGGUGUUUCUGUGUGAAUAUGUUCAUUUAAUAAAGACAAUAUGGAAGA